AGCAUUUUUUGGUUCAUAACAAUCACUAAUUAGUCCAAAACCUUGAUCAUAUUACACUAGCGUUCUUGCACGUUCGCUGGGAUCUAGUCGCUUGAAAUCCUUUGUCUAGCGCCAUGGAUUCUCUGAAAUUCACCAGGCAUUGAAACGCACGAAUUAAAACCGCAGUUCACAGAAAAAUUCACUAAUUAGACGUCGGCAGAGGCGGGAAACGUGAGGAAAUUUCUCUCCAGUUUCUGCCAUGACUCCCCAGCAGCUGCUGCUGCUGCUGCUGACUGCCGCCACCUUGGUUGGUGGGUCAGAGUGGAAGGAAGAGACAGACUGGGACAGCAGUAAGUGGGCCCAACUGCACGCCACACCGAAACGUGGCCCAGCCUUCCUACCCGGCCUGCCCACCCGCGUGCUCACCACCGCUGGCAACAAUGCCACACUCCCCUGCAGGCUUGCCAACCUCCGGCGCAGAACUGUAUCCUGGAUACGCCAGGCGGACCUGCAAGUUCUCACUCUCGACGUCUUCACCUUCACUUCAGACUCGAGAUUCUCGAUCAAGAGCACCCACCCGUCCCCCAACUCCGUGCACACGGGGUCUCUGGGCUCCUGGGACUUGCGUAUACGGGACGUGUCCCAGGAUGAUACGGGCGUGUAUCUCUGCCAGAUCAACACGCGCCCUACGCUCGUACACGCCGUCACACUCUCCGUUGCCGACGGGCUUCCGCGCAUCAGCGGUCCGCGCGAAGUUUACCUGCACGCUGGGUCUCGCCUGCUGCUGUCCUGCUGGCUGCUGGCGCCGCCCCACCCUCCGCCUGUCGUCUGGAGCGUCAACGGCACCUUGCUUAACACCUCCGCUGACGCCCGGUGGGUGGCGAGAGAAUUAAACAUAUAA